AUGUCCGCGAAACCACCAUCGCCAAUCCUUCUCCUUCUCCUCCUCACCAUCGCCGUGGCGGUAACCGCCUUACCCACCUCCGUCCGAUCCAAUCCAGAUCUCAUUGUAUUACCCUCCUCCACUUCUCUCUGCCCUCACUCGGUAAACCCCGGUUCUUGCCCUAUCAAGUGCUUUAGACCUGCUCCCGUCUGCGGCGUCGAUAACGUCACCUAUUGGUGCGGAUGUUCCGAGGCGAUUUGUGCUGGUGUUCCUGUGGCGAAGCUAGGUUUUUGUGACUUUGAAAAUGGAGGCAGUGGACCGGUAUCAGGUCAAGCGCUUCUCUUGGUUCAUAUCGUUUGGCUUAUUUUACUCGGAUUCUUCGUCCUGUUCGGCCUUCUCUGA